GGAGCCGCCGCCGCCGCCGCCGCGAUGAAUUCGGCUGAGCAGACCGUUACGUGGCUCAUCACCCUGGGCGUGCUGGAGUCGCCCAAGAAAACCAUCUCGGACCCAGAGCUCUUCCUGCAGGCGUCGUUGAAGGAUGGGGUGGUCCUGUGCCGGCUGCUGGAGCGCCUGCUCCCUGGGACCAUCGAGAAAGUGUACCCGGAGCCGCGGACCGAGAGCGAGUGCCUGAGCAACAUCCGCGAGUUCCUGCGCGCCUGCGGGGCCUCCCUGCGCCUGGAGACAUUUGAUGCAAAUGAUUUAUAUCAGGGGCAGAAUUUUAACAAGGUCCUCACUUCCUUAGUGACUCUAAAUAAAGUAACAGCAGACAUUGGACUGGGAAGUGAUUCCGUGUGUGCUCGGCCCUCUUCACAUCGGAUAAAGUCUUUUGAUUCCUUGGGAUCCCAGCCUUCACACAGUCGGACUUCAAAAUUGUUCCAGGGCCAGUACCGGAGUUUGGACAUGACUGAUAAUAGCAACAAUCAACUGGUAGUACGAGCCAAGUUUAACUUCCAGCAGACCAAUGAAGAUGAGCUGUCCUUCACGAAGGGUGAUGUCAUCCAUGUCACGCGAGUGGAGGAAGGAGGCUGGUGGGAGGGCGCACACAACGGCAGGACCGGCUGGUUCCCCAGCAACUACGUGCGUGAGGUUAAGCCCCGUGAAAAGCCUGUGUCACCCAAAUCAGGAUCAUUGAAGAGCCCUCCCAAAGGGUUUGACACAACUGCCAUCAACAAGAGCUAUUACAAUGUGGUGCUACAGAAUAUCUUAGAAACAGAAAAUGAGUAUUCUAAAGAGCUGCAGACUGUGCUGUCCACCUACCUGCGGCCCCUGCAGACCAGUGAGAAGUUAAGUUCAACAAACACUUCAUAUUUAAUGGGAAACCUAGAGGAGAUAUGUUCUUUCCAACAAACACUUGUACAGUCUUUAGAAGAAUGCACCAAGUCUCCUGAGGCCCAGCAGAGAGUUGGAGGCUGUUUUCUGAGCCUUAUGCCACAGAUGAGGACCCUGUACCUCGCCUACUGUGCCAACCACCCAUCUGCCGUCAGCGUCCUCACAGAGCACAGCGAGGACCUGGGGGAGUUCAUGGAGACAAAGGGCGCCAGCAGCCCUGGGAUCCUCGUGCUGACCACGGGCCUCAGCAAGCCUUUCAUGCGCCUGGACAAGUACCCCACACUGCUGAAGGAGCUGGAGAGACACAUGGAGGAGUAUCAUCCUGAUAGACAAGAUAUUCAAAAAUCUAUGACUGCCUUCAAAAAUCUUUCAGCCCAGUGUCAAGAAGUACGAAAAAGGAAAGAGCUUGAGCUGCAGAUUCUGACGGAAGCCAUCCGGAGCUGGGAGGGGGACGACAUUAAGACUCUGGGCAAUGUUGUGUACAUGUCGCAGGUCAUGAUUCAGUGUGCAGGAAGCGAGGAAAAGAAUGAAAGAUAUCUUCUGCUCUUCCCCAACCUUUUACUAAUGCUAUCUGCCAGCCCCAGGAUGAGCGGUUUCAUCUAUCAGGGAAAGCUACCAACGACAGGAAUGACAAUCACAAAGCUUGAGGACAGCGAAAACCAUAGAAACGCGUUUGAAAUAUCAGGGAGCAUGAUUGAGCGGAUACUGGUAUCUUGCAACAACCAACAGGACCUCCAUGAAUGGGUGGACCACCUGCAGAAGCAGACGAAGGUCACAGCCAUGGGCAACCCCACCAUCAAGCCCCACUCUGUGCCAUCCCACACCCUCCCCUCCCACCCCAUCCCUCCAUCCAGCAAGCACGCAGACAGUAAGCCCGUGGCGCUGGCGCCCACGUACCACACGCUUCCCCACCCCUCCCACCACGGCGCCACGCAUACCACCAUCAGUUGGGGACCUCUGGAGCCUCCGAAGACCCCCAAGCCGUGGAGCCUGAGCUGCCUGCGGCCUGCGCCUCCCCUCCGGCCCUCGGCUGCCCUCUGCUACAAGGAGGAUCUUAGUAAGAGCCCCAAGACCAUGAAGAAGCUGCUGCCCAAGCGCAAGCCGGAGCGGAAGCCUUCAGAUGAGGAGUUUGCCUUGAGGAAGAGCACGGCUGCCCUAGAAGAAGACGCCCAGAUUCUGAAAGUCAUCGAAGCCUACUGCACAAGCGCCAAAACGCGGCAGACGCUGAAUUCCACAUGGCAAGGCACUGACCUGAUGCAUAAUCACGUCUUGGCUGAUGACGACCAAUCAAGUCUAGACUCCUUGGGUCGUCGCAGUAGCCUUUCUCGUUUGGAGCCCUCAGACCUCUCGGAAGACUCUGAGUAUGACAGUAUAUGGACAGCCCAUAGUUACAGAAUGGGCUCCGCAUCUCGUUCACGCAAAGAAUCUGCUCCGCAAGUGCUGCUUCCAGAAGAAGAGAAAAUCAUAGUUGAAGAAACUAAAAGUAAUGGUCAGACAGUGAUGGAGGAAAAGAGCCUUGUCGAUACUGUGUAUGCAUUAAAGGAUGAAGUACAAGAGUUACGACAGGAUAACAAAAAGAUGAAGAAGUCUUUGGAAGAGGAGCAGAGGGCCCGCAAAGACCUGGAAAAGCUGGUACGGAAGGUUCUAAAGAACCUGAAUGACCCUGCUUGGGACGAGACCAAUCUAUAAGGCUGACUGGUUCUGUGAGCUGAGGACCUGUGACCAGGUGAGCCAGACAGGGCGACGUCCGGGAUGGAAGAACAUUGUCAUCAUGCGCAGAUAGCAACGAUCACACCGUCACGGAAGAGGCCAGGUUGCGCUCAACCCCCUCUGCUGACAUCUUGAGUACCUCACUUGGCAAUAAGUUUGGUGACUGACUAAAGUCUGCCUUUCGGACUUUUCAGUUGAGUGUGUAGACACCACACAUGCGUACUUCUGUAAAUACUUCAUUCUGAACGUACAUCCAUGACUGUGUCUGGGCUGACCCUCUUACUAGGACUUCUCACCAACCCCCGGCUCCAGGAGGUGCACUUGGGCCCCAUUGCAGGCAGAGGGGUGGAAGGCGCCUCUGGCAGGCCUGGGUCCUGAGCCAGCUGGUCCCCAGGGUACCGUGUUGGCAUGUUCCCCGCCGGCGCACUAUGCCAGCUUGACCUGGUGUCAUUGGUCUUCUCUUGCAGCAGUAUUCUGCCCAGAAGCCUGUGAUGUGCCACAGGGACACAGGCCCAGUGGGACCUGGCCCCAAAUUCCGGGCCAUGGACACCAUCAGGCACAUCUGGAAGCUGACUCCUGCCGCCUCAUGCAGGACUCCUCUCAGUGCAGGGGGCAUGGCCCAGGCUGUCCCACACAGGCUCCUGUAGAAACCUGUUAAUACUCUACCAUUACAGCCUCCCCAGAGAGAAAACUAGAAUCUGUACAUAAAUGUUAUUUAUUAUUCACGCCACAGCCAGUCAGAACCACCUGAGGCAGCGCUGUGAGCAGUGGGCGGGUUUUCACUUUAGCCCACUUUCACCCUGAGAACUGUUUUGUCAUGGAUGUGGCCAGCAUUGUCUCAUGACCACUGAAAACCCACUUCUCCCUCAUUCGGCAAGAAUAAAGCAAUACUAAGUGCAGCUGAGUAGGUCCACCGGUGGGGAGACGGUCAGGAGCCCUCACCUCACCCCGGUUCCUUGCCUCCCUGGGCCUGGGGGCUCCAGACAACCAGCAGCCUGGGCGGGAGAGCCUGGUUCAGCUGUAGCAAUAAGUUAUGGCGGCGCAGCAACUUGCCAUCGGCGCUCCUCCUCCAGGGAGGUCGGGCCUGAAGUAAGAGCCACUUUUUUUUUGCAGGAAAAUGAUAUCUCUUUCCCAGAUACACAGCACUUCCGAGUUGCUCGACCCCGACAUGCACUCUGCCCGUCACUCUGACCAGGGUCCUCAGGAGAAGCCUCUGGAAGCCUUUGAGCUGGGUGCCCAGAGGUGCUCUGUUUUCCAGUGUUCCGGUUCCUCCCCUGCUCUUGUUGCCUGCAGCCCCCGUCCCCGCGGGCCCCCGGGUUCCACGCAGGAUUGCUCACUUCUGUACUUGCACUCUUCCACUUCCCACAGGGACCAGACAUGAUCACGUCCUGUUUCCUUGUUCAGAAACCCUAUUUUUACAAGUGUUUUGGCGACUCGUAAGAUGUGUUGAAAAGCAGAUUUUCACUCAGGAACCAUUCUUCUGGGAUCUCUCUUCCCGGGCAGUGGGUGCUGAGUCACUGAAGGCUGUCCUCCACUCCCUGGACCGCCUCCUCUAGACCUGCCUUAACGACUCGCCUGAGGUGGUUCCUGAGAACGCCGUGUUUUUAACACCCCCUCCCCAAACUGGGCGUUGAGGUUUCUACCUGCAGACCACCCUGUGGGCUCUGGGGAGUGGGAGCCCACACCAUUCCUUCUAAAACCCACCCUGCUGUACAUACCUAUGGCCUUUGCACAGGGACUCAUGGAGGGUGGGGCUCGGAUCCUGACGUCACAGCGAUGCUGUUUACCAAGGCCACCCUCUGCCCAGUCUCCGAGGAGUAAGGGACGAAGCCAUCUCCUGUCCUAUAGAUGUGAAGCACUUUCCGUGUGAAACCGCGCUGAGAUGUUAGCCGUGUGUGGAGCUGCAGAGUAUGCCGAACACCUCCAUGUUCUCUGCAGCCAUGCACUCUGGUGCUGGGCCUUAAACACCUGCUGCUGCCUGUGUGCACCUCCCCAAUGCCAAUCUCUCCCACUCUGGGACACCCGGGCGCCGGCCCCAGGGGAAGCUGCGUGCAGGCAGUGUCCUGGUGUUGACUACUACAAUGUUUGUGCUACAUCGUUGUAAUUAAUUAAACUGAUUAUUUUUCCUAUUUCA